GAAAGAUAGCUUUGACUGUGGUUAACGAAGACAAAGUGUAUGAGACCAUAUACACAAAUGAAACUGUCUAUUCACUUAUUGGGCCGGAGGGAUGCAUUGCUGUGGACAUUUCUCUUGGUAAGAGAGGCACCGAGGCUGUAGUGGAAAGUGUGUAUUCCGCUAUGGGAUCGCAGAAUCAAUUGGGCCCAAUUUCGAAUGAAACCUUAACAUUGAGGUACAGUUAAACUUUAUUCACAAUACAAACUUAGUUUGAAAGAUCAGGCAUUUGUAAAUCAAGUGUAAGAUUAUUAACUUACUUACUGCGUGAUUAUUAAACUAAUAAACUUCAAAACAGCUACUUAACAUCCAAAUACAAUUUAAUUUUUGAAGGACAAAAAUUAACUGGCGCAUGCCAACCGCAUUGACGGCCGAGCGAGCAGUGAAGGAAAUUGCUAACAUAUACAUCAAAGGCGACAAAGAAAAGGGGCUAAAGUCCCACAUUUCGCCUGUUAUUCAGAGCGCCGUUCGUGGAAAUCG